AUGCGUUUCAUUGCUACUACACUGGGUCUUGCCAGUAUUGCGUCUGCAUAUGCGCCCGUGUCAUCUGUCUCUCUAGAUCAAUCAUCCAACAACCCCUUGAGUCCCGCAUCCAAGGUCCCGGCCAAAGUUUGCGAAGUCAAGACUUAUACGGUCUAUGAGACUGCCCACGGUGUCCAGGAUAACGGUUCAAAAGCCACUCCUCCUGCUUUGCACGGCAACAACUAUGAUGUCAAAUAUACUUCUCUUGCGAGCACUCCUGCUGCAGCCAAACCUACCCCUUCCACUAUAAGAGGUGCGUCCUCGCACUAUGAAGCACGUCCUACCGGCAAGGUUGCAAAACCCUUUGGUCAGAACGAGGAGUAUUUUACAUACAACUCUGGAGAGGAUGUUAAGCUCCAACCGUGUAGCCACUGGAGCCAAAACACAAAGGACCCCAAGAAUCUCGUGCCAAAGGACAAGACUCAGCUUUACUACGCCGAAGGUGGUCGUGACAAUGCGAAGCCGACUAAUGAGUUCUACUUUGGUGUAAUCGAUCUCCUCUUCAAGGCCCCUGCUGUUGUGCUAGAGCACUCAGAUUACAUCCGAGAGGCACAGUACUCUGAUAACCAGCUCGCUGUCGACUUCACUUCUGCAUUCGCAUGCGACUUCGCCAAAGAAUCCUGGCCUAAAGGUACCAUCAUCGUCUCAAGCACGGCCGGUUGCAGGGUUCGAUCAGACGAUGAUCAGUGCUACUUUAAGGUGGAGGAUACUAUCAAGUCUGAAGACGGCAAGUCUAUCAUCGUCAAGGGUUAUCCUCAAGCGCGAGACGAGUGUACAGAGGGUGGUGAGGCCCAUUGGGGACGAUACAAACCUGAGAAGAAUGGGAGCACCAAACAGCCAAACAGCACCGUUUCUUACUCCGGCUUCCCUUCUCCUACUUCAUCGUACCGGGGCUUUUCUACUCCCCACGCCAGCUCUGGUUCAUCAACUGGAAGCGUGAUUCCGAAUGUCUUGGCAUCCUCUGGUAUCGGGUCUUCGUAUAGUUCCUACUUGAGCUCGCUUGUGUCGACCGGAAUUAUGUCUCAAGGCUCUGCGCACCCUACUGCGUCUGCAUCCUCUGAGCUUGUAUCUUCAGGCUUUUGGACUGCGGGACCAUCUGACAGUACCUUGAGCUCAGGACAACCGUCGCUCACAUCGUUCGGGUCCAGCAUAUUUGUUUCCUCAUCAUCAGAGUUCGAGUCCUGGACUCCUGCCCCUACAUCUACACCAAUGGCUUCGAGCAUUCUAUUGACGAACUCAACUGAUGAUGGCAACAACAAAUUCAACCAGGACAUCAUUUCUGACUGCAAGGCCCCAGUUGACACUAAGUACAAUCUUCCUACCACCUGUACCGGCAAAUACUUCGAUUUGGACCUUGACGAGUUUAUGGGCUACGGUGAGCUGUCCGCUGAAGACAAGGCGUUCUUGAAGGAUGCCACUGCCGGUUUGAGCUCCGAUGACAUCGCCGGUCUCUCUCGUCGGGCCCUGAUGCAUGGUCGACAUAUGGGUCGUAGAGGUCUCGUCAGCUGGUUCAAGAAGAACGUUGUCGCCCCUGUGGCUAGCACGAUAAACCUCGGCAAAGUUUUGGUUCAAGGCGGUAUCCAACUCAUCACUACUGGUACUGUCAGCGGUAGUAUCAAAGAAUCAUACAAGUUCGCUCUUCCCGACGGUAACAAAGCCGACGCAAAACAGGUCGAAUCACCCUGGGGCCCCGCUGCUCUCAUUGCCGCUUAUGGUACGGAGUCCAAGAUUAAGGCCGACAAGGGUGUGCAACGAGAUGGCUAUCUGAACAUCUACUGCGUUGGGUGCGGCGCCCAGGGUGCUAUCGAGUUGGCUGGUCGCGCGACAUGGGCUGUUGGAAAGGGUAUCACCCAGGGCGAGAUUGAAGCCUGGGCUGAUCUCAAAGUCGCUAUGAAGGUUGGUGUUGACGCCCAGAUCAAGCUCACCCGCGAGUGGAAGAAGACGCUGUUCCAGCAAGGUCUCCCCCAGCUUUCCUUUGGCCCUAUCAUCAUUGGCCCCCAGGUGCGGGUUGAGGCUCGUGCUACCCUCGAGGCCGGAGCAGAGGGCCGUAUCUUGGCUGGCGCUGAGUUCAACUGGAAUCGUGCUUAUGCAAAGGUCGACAUGGUCGACCCUUCCAAGUCCACCCGCCAGAACUUCGACCCUGUUGGUCAUCCCACAUUUGAAGCAGAGGGCUCUCUCUACGUCGGCGCUGAACUGGGUCUUCCCAUUGGCAUGCAUUUCGGUGUCACUGUCGCUAGCUGGAGCAAGACUAUUGCUCUUAUCAACGAGCCAAUGAUCAAGGGUAUCGCAAAGGCUGCUAUCAAGGCUGAGCUCGCUGACGGCAAGAUCACUGCUGGUUUUACUCCCACCGAAGGAUGCCAGGGUAUUCACACCAACCUCAGCUGGAGGAACAAACUGGUGUGCAACGUCCUCGAUGUCAAGGAGUUUGAGUUGCUGGAUAGCGGUUACAAGAGUAUCAAGUCUAUGUGCAUUCCUCUUGGUAAGCAAACUCAGCAGCCAUCAACAUCGCCUGGUAGCGAGGAGGCUGGCAACGGCGGCGAGGGUGGAAGCAACGAGGAUACCGGUAAUAGCGAGGGUACCGCUGGCGAGGGAGCUGAAGGACUACCCACCGGAGGACUGCCAGCCGGUGAACUACCUGCCGCCGAACUCCCUACUGGAGAAUUAUCCACCGGAGAACUGCCUACUGGAGAACUACCCACAGGACAAGAAACUACUGGAGAAGUGCCCAGUGGAGAGGCCAAUAGCGCCGACAACGCUGGCCAGAGUACUGGGGAUAAUAAUGCCCAGGGUAGCAGCGAGGACCGCGGAUCGAGUAGCGAGGAGGCAUCCAUUCAGGUGGAAACUAAGCGAUCCAUCUCCAUCAGACAAACAAACUCAACGCUUACACCCUCUUCGUCUGGUGACCUCCCAGCCGGCAUCCGCGAGAUUACCGACUCCGUCAAGAAAGCCACCGAUAACGUCAACUACACAAUUGCAGAUGUCAAAACCGUUCCCUACGACCGUACCGACGGAUACGAGUUUACCAAGCUCGUUGCGGGCGACUACAGCGUCAUGUACUGUUCCAACGGCAACAUGUAUGUCAAGCAGGUCAACCAAUCCACUGGCCUUGGCUGCGAUGAGCUCUUUGCUUACAGCGAAGAUGCCGUAGUUGGUGACGGCCAGGGCCGCUACUUCUACUACCACGACGACGCCAUGAAGGCAGCUGGUGUAUCCCGUCUCCGUCUCGGUGACGAAGAGAGCCCCGUCCUAGGCACGUCUGCUGUUGCGAUGCUUGCUUGGAAAGCUGAGUUGACUGGAACCGAAUACAACGUUGAUCUCGAAGGUCUUUACACCGUUGCUGAUUAUGCUACCGAAGCUAUUUACUGGUUGUCCUUCUGUACCUACAAGGAUGGACAGGCGCCUAAAGUCUUCGUUGUCGCCGACCUGGUUGCCGGAAUGGCGGUUUUAGAGAGCGCGGACGUCAAGUACUCAAUCACUGGUGGUGAUGUGGAGAAGUGCUACCCACUUAUGGCUGUAGAGGAUCCUGCUCUGAAGAACACUUGGGCAGAGUGGGACGAUUCGUUGGAUAAUGACGCUGAUGGCCUGGACUUUGAUGUCGAGGAGUUUGGUGUGGAGCCGUAA